AUGAGCGACGACCUCCCGGCGUACUCGGGUGCUCAAUCCCAACAACAUCCUUCUGCAGCCGCACGACGAGAACUCGUCUCCCACGAAGUUCAUAUCGAAGAUGGCAAAGGCAGCCCUUGGUUCACGUUGAAAUUGCGUAGUCGCGCACGCGAUGCCAAGUUCGUGCCCGAGUUCUGGGAAGGCGACACGAUUACAGGCUCCGUCGAGCUCGACCUUCAGAAACCCGACGCUAUAGUUGCGAUCACUGUUUCGAUUAUGGGCGUCGCGAUACUUCCUAAGUGGGCGUCCGGACCCUCGCUCCACUUCCACAGAGAAACGUACACAUUAUGGAGAGCAGAACAAGACGAUCUCAACCCACCUGGCUUCAAUCCCUCCGCAGUAUCUAGUACGCCAGCUUCCAAGAAAUCACUCAAGCUUGUUGGCCAGUACACGUUUCCUUUCUCCUUCAAGCUACCGCGCGAGGUUACGUAUACCCUCCCCAAGACCAUCGCCCACAAAGCUGGCGAUGAUGGGACGCCGAAGACGUAUCGCAUGCCACCUACAUGCGAAGACGUAGGCGGCCAAUUUUCGAUUUACUAUCACCUUGAGGUCCACGUGCAGCGUGGAAGGUUCAGGAUAGAUACACGGUUGAACCAGCACUUCGUCUAUCACCCGAAAUCUCAGCCCAGUCCACCCUCUGAAUUGCGUCAGCUGGUCUAUCAGGAGAACGCGGAUGCUCUCAUAGGCCCUAUGGGUGAUCGCGACGGUUGGCUAGACGUAGAUGCGAUAACUGUCAACGGUAUGCUUUUCGGAAAGCAGAAGGUUCAAGUACGAUGCACGCUAUCUCUCGCAAAGCCUCUUUGCUACACGCGGAGCACACCGAUACCCCUUUCACUGCGCAUCCAAUGCGAAGACGACACGGCUUUGGACCUUUUCGCUCAGCCGGAAGCACCACGCGUGUGUCUCAUAAGGCGCCAAACGUGCAAUCCUCGUGUGCAAGGGAACGUCAACGAAGCGGAUAAGAGUACGGAUGCCAGUUACCUUGUUAUCAAAGAUAUCUUGGCGGAAGCGAGUUGGUGGCCAGACCGUGGAGCGCACAACGCUGCCAACGAGCGCGCUCUCCAAGGGGAGAUCAAAAUUCCGGUUGACGUUCGACCCACAACUUACUUCGCCAUUUUGAGCAUUACUUAUGCUGUCGUCGUACAGCCGUUCUCGGUGCCGGGCUUCUCUCCCGAACCGUCCACGUCGGACAGGAAGAGCAUACUGACUCCGACGAUUCCCACCUUGUCUUCGUCAGAGGUUGAAAUCGCUACGUCCUACGCGAACGGCCCAAGGCCCAAGGCAUUCACACCUCCGGGCUACGACGCACUCCGGAAGGUGGCUCCCGAUCGAACCAAUCUUGGCAUAUACGGUUCAGGAGGUCUCUAG